UCUGUUUUACAGGCAGCUUACAAAAGUUUCGCAGUCCACUAGAGGUGUCGUAAUCUUGUUGUGUGAAUUACUAGUAGCUCGUCGCAUUCUAUCCGAAGCUCAGCGAAUGCGGAUGCUCAAUGGACAUUUUAUAUGGCUUUGGGCGGAUACUACCACAUCUACAGAGUUUUAUGAUCCCACACUAUUUCCAAUUGGGGUAUUCGGUACGGAUGCUGAUGAUGAUAUGACUGCGCAAUUAAAUAAUCCGUUCCAUUAUGGUAAAACAGAACUUGAGGAAGAUUUUUAUGAUUCUACGGAUAUUAUUCAACAUUCGCAUAUUGCUGAUCUCGUAGAACGUAAAAUGGACUUUGAGUAUUUUGACCCUAAGCAUAAGAAAAAUCGUACCAAAGCCGAAAACAUAAACCGGUCCCACCAUGUUGUUGAGCUACAGAAGAACAGUUUCAGUUUUAAAAAUCUUGUUGGCAGUAGUAAAAAAAGUGAUACAUUUAAACGCGAUGUUAAUAGUAAAGAGGAUCUAUAUAAUGAAAAUGUUGAAUUGCCUGUCGUUACCCACUACCCUAAAAGCGGAGACCUAGACCUAAAAGAACUCAUGCGUACAAAUAGUUUUGAAAGAAAAAAAUAUCUCAAUCAAUCUAAUGGUGCUACUUAUAGAUUUACUAUCGAUUCACACGUUAGAGAACAAAACCAAAUGAACAGUGUUCAAAUGAACCGUAGUGACUUAGAUAAUUUAUAUGGUAAUGAGGAAAAUUUGGCGGAUUUAAAGAUAAAACGAGCCAAUAGUUUCUUAAAGCAUUACAACAUAUCGUCACAUGUGUUGUUCCAUCACUUUCAAGAUUUUCCAGUGGGACUGCUGGCUCUACGACCGGUGACAAUGAAAGUAGACCGCCAUUUCUUGCGAUCUACAGUACGAUUAUUUGCAUCAACUUGGACCAAAGUGGAGCAAGAUGGAGAUGGUGGACGAAAAUCUAUGCGAAACCCAGACAGACAACAAUCAUCGAGUAAAGCAAAUCAGCGGAACAAUAAAUCUCAAAAGUACAAGCGUUCUGUCAAGAGCUCAAAGGAUCAAAUCGAUAUGUAUAACAAAUUUACAAAUGCCGCUGAAAACAAAGUUAACAAAAUUAGAAUCACAAGAAGUAAUGAAAUUGACAUCAACGAAUCAUACAACAAUAACUACUCUACUGAUUCAGAAAAGCUAGAUGAUAGUAGUAAUAAUACUCAUCUGUCUUAUGGAAACGAAGUACAUGAAACGACCUACGAAAAUUCAAGUGAAAGCAAUACUAGAGAUAAAAGUUCGAAAUCAAUUAUUCCUCCAAAGCAAAAACGACAGCAAACUUGGUGGAUAAAUAGAGGACAUAGUGAUCAAAUGCGAGGUAGAGCGAAAGGUGGUGCUCCACAGUACCGUAACGGGUGCUAUGGGGCUGUAAAUCGAGGUGAAUUUAAGAAGGCUGAGUUAUUCACAAGAUACUUACAAGAAGGUGCAAAAAGAGGCCUAACAGGUCAACCAAUUCUUGGUGGCUUGGUGGAAAAAUCACUGAUAACGCACUUUGAGGUUCUUAAUCUAGUUCCUGUAACAAAGCGUACUACACUUAAACAUGAACCUCGCCAGGAAGCGGUUAAUAGUCGCGUUGUGAAUACUAGUUUAACAAAAUGGCGCCGCGUGGGUUUUAUAUCUGGACGAAACGUACAUUUGGACACUAUUGUAUGGCCCAGUGGUGAUAUUGUAGUUACAGGGCUUUCUUCUAAGGCACGAUCAGUAUUUCGAGUGGUUGUUGCUUUGGCGCCUCCAUUUGUGAUGGAAACAGAGCUUGGAGAUCAAAAGCAGUGUCUACGAGGACUGUCAUGCUACAAGGUGUACACAACAGGCAGACAUAAUCUUACACAGAUGUUUAAUAAGAUCGAAAUUGAGAAAAGACGCAAAGAUGUCGGUGAAGAUAUCGAACCUAACGAAGAAAAAAUCUCAAGACAAUUGUAUAGCGUAAGAUGUUGUUAUGGGCUGUCGAUGGACCUUUUGCAAAAAGUGGCGUUAGAUCUGGGUUUCGAAUUCGAUCUAUACAUUGUUCAGGAUGGAUUAUUUGGACGCAAAAUCAUAAUCAAGGAUGAUUCCCAAACAACUAUACCAAGAAAACAGCCAGCUAAGAGAGUAGAGUUAUCAAAAUUUGAUGCUCAAUCCGGUAGAAGUCUCAAACGUGGAUCAAAGCUGUCACAAAUUUUAGAAAUCAGCUUAAACCCACCAGAAGUUUUUGAAAAGACACCAUUAAAAGUUGAACGAACUUUCAAGACAUCGAAAGUUCAGUGGAAUGGAAUCAUCGGGGAAUUGGUGACUGGAAGUGCUGAUAUAUCAUUCGCACCUAUAAGCGUAUCCAGAGAACGAGCACAAGUGAUCGAUUUUAGUAUUCCGUUCUUUCAUGGAGGUGUUUCACUGUUAGCCGCGCCCCAGACAAAUCCCGACGUACCACUAUUGGCGUUCUUGUUGCCAUUUUCUCCAGAGCUCUGGAUUGCUAUUUUCACUUCACUGAAUGUAACUGCUGUAGCCGUUGCUAUAUACGAAUGGUUAAGUCCAUUCGGCCUUAAUCCUUGGGGAAGGCAGAGGAGUAAAAAUUUCAGUAUGUCUUCAGCAUUAUGGGUAAUGUGGGGGCUUUUGUGUGGACAUCUAGUUGCAUUCAAGGCCCCGAAAUCUUGGCCCAAUAAAUUCCUAAUAAAUGUAUGGGGUGGCUUCAGCGUAAUCUUCGUGGCAUCAUACACAGCAAAUAUUGCAGCUCUGAUAGCUGGUUUAUUUUUUCACAACGAAGCAGGCAGCUAUAGUGGACCGGUAUGUGUAGUUCAUGAACAAUUACUAUACACAAAUCUCAUUGUUUGUUUCUUCUUUCAGCUACUAAAACAGCGGAUUGGCGCGCCGGUUGCUACCGCAACAGAAUACUACGUGCAACAAAACGAUAAAAUUUUAUGGGAGCACAUGAAAAAAUACCAGCUGAGUAGCAUCCAAGAAGGCAUAGAGAGGUUGAAGAAUGGCACUAUUGACUUAUUGAUGGCAGAUUCGCCUAUAUUAGACUAUUACCGAGCAACAGACCAAGGAUGUUCAUUCCAGAAAGUCGGUGAUACUUACGUUGAUGAUUCCUAUGCAAUUGGAAUGAGCAAAGGAUUUCCGUUGAAGGAAAUGAUUUCAGCACUAAUAUCCAAAUAUUCUAGUGAUGGAUAUUUGGACAUCCUAACGGCCAAGUGGUACGGAAGUUUAGCAUGCUUUAAGCUCGAUCGUGACAUUGGCCAACCAAAGCCUUUAGGAGUUGCAGCUGUGGCAGGAGUGUUUUUGUUGCUUGGAUUGGGAAUGAUUUUAGGGCUUCUUAUUUUAAUUUUCGAACAUUUGUUUUACAAGUACAUGUUGCCCAUACUAAGACAUCAACCGAAAGAUACAAUAUGGAGAAGUAGGAAUAUUAUGUUCUUCAGUCAGAAACUAUACCGCUUCAUAAACUGUGUGGAGCUAGUUUCACCUCAUCAUGCGGCCAAAGAGCUGGUGCACAGUAUCCGCCAGGGUCAGAUCACCAGCUUAUUUCAAAAAAGUAUCAAAAGGAAGGAGGACGAGCAGAGACGCAGGCGGAAAAGCAAGGCACAGUUUUUCGACAUGAUUCAGGAAAUCAGAAGAAAUAUGUACUUGAAUAAAGUGCAACAAGAGCAUGAUGCAUCACUACAAACAUUAACCAAGGACGGUAUACCGGAAACAUCACCAGCCAAAUCUGCCACUCCUGCCAAAAAAACAAAGUACAGUCCCAGAAUGAGCCUUUUUGGCCUUGGACGAAAUAACUCCAAUUCAUCAACACUGAACGUGAGACGGUUCAGUACAGAUAGUAUAUUAAGUGAACGAUUGGACACCAUUGGACGCCGGUUGAGUAGAGACAUUACUAAUUCACCACCAGACCUUACACACAGGUUUGAAACUUUCGGCAAGCUGAAAGAUGCAGAUGGAAAAUUUGACACCUAUGCUGGGAAGGAAUCAAAAGAAGCCAUAACUGGAAAUAAAUUUGAUACGUUUAGUGGAAAAAUUGAAUUUGCCAAAGAUAUCGAAGAAAAGGCGCCAGAAUUGCCCGUUAAAAAGGGAAAACCAAACAGAAGGUCACCACUCAAUCCAGAACUUUAUGUGAAACAUAAAAAGCAUACGAGGGACGAAAGUCGAAAGUUAAUUCCUAUAAGUGAAAGAGUUGCACACGGCCUUGCACCUCCGUUUAUAGAAUCUGAUACCAGUAGUGCUCUUCUACGGGAUAAAUUACAUGAAGAACUUCGUGAAAAAUAUGGCUCUCAUGGGUUUAGUAAAACUACUUUUAAGUCAGUCAAUCAUGAUAAGGAUUCUAAAUUGCCAAUAGACGCUAUGAACGAAGGAAACGGACAAAGCAAAGUAUCACGACACAGAACGAGGACUAAUAAACAUGCUAGGAAACGCCUGGUUGAAAAUGAUGCAUUGAGAGUUACUCAAAGUGCUAAAUUAAUAUAAUCAUACCAGGAUCUCCACGUGGACAAUGUAUAGAGUUUGUUAGGAAGAGCCUAUUUUUAAGAUAUUUUGAAAAGAUGACGUUGCAUUUUUAUAUUUUUAUGUUUUUAUGUACAGUUUUAUCUAUUUAAUCGAUUUUACUGUACCGAAUACUAUCGGAACAUCUUAUUUAACCCACAACAUGGUUUAUUUUAUGACCGACUGUUAUAAGCAUUCGGCUAAUCGUGAUAAAAUCUUUGUGCCUGAGAGAUUACUUUUAUUUCGUAGAUACAUCUAAAAUUUAACAUUUUCUAUCAUUAAUUGUACCUUUAAAAUGCUAAGCCUUUGAAAACACUAUUUUUUUUUCGAAACCAAUAAGCUACACCGGAGCAAGAUGAAUUGCGAUUAUUUUUAACAGUAUAAUAUAAACGUAAACGCAUCAUAUGACUGUCAAAUCAGGUAAUUACAAACAGCUUAACGUGCCUCUCAGCUUUUGUUAGUUUAAUUUGUAAUGAAAUUUACAACAACAUAUUUUUUCGCAGCGCUUCAAUCUUCUCGAAAAAGUUGAAUUUUCUGUAUUUUAUCCAGUGUUAUGCAUUAGGGAAGCAUAUGGUGACUAAUUAGAGUGAUGAUAUAAAAAAAAAACCCGAUCGCAAAUGAGUUUUUCCUAAACAUUCCAAGCAUUUCAACUUGCCCCACUUUUGUGCACCCCAUGGGAUAUAUAUAAAUGAGUAUAUUGAACUCUAGGUUGUCAAUUGUCAACCUCAAACAUCAUUUCUGUUCUGACGCUGUUCUGGUUCUGACGCAUUUUUGGAAACUGUUAAUCGCCAUACCAAAUUUCAGGCAUUGAUUUCCGAAUUCUAUUGGCACUCCUCAUAUCGAAAAUACCAACAUUGACCUCCUGAACAGUUUUGCUGUAGAAAGGUCAAUACCCUCUGAAUAACUUUGCCCAAGAUAGCCAGGUGCAUAAGUGUUGGAGAGUUCGACUGUGAGGUUUUGCAAGAAGGCCUUAAUCAGAGCCGAAACGUAAGGACAAAUUACAAAAUUAAUUUGUUCUGAUGAGUGAUUGCUAGACUGCCAAGCCGAAACUGAUUAUUGUUCAAAUUAAAAUAAACCGAGUAAACAAAAUUGAAACCGCGUAAAAAAAACGAAUAUUGAGAAUAUCGCGAAACAAUUAACCACGUUAUUUUGAGAAAUCGUGUUAAAUAAACCGUGAUAUUUCGAGAAAUUCCAUAAAAAACGUGGAAAAAACAAACCGUGCAAAAAUGGGUGCAGUGUACAGAGAAGCAAGUUGAAAUGGUGGUGACUCAAUACAAACAAUCAUUUAUUUUUUUUUUUGGAGAAAAGCCGAGAAAUAGCGGGUGGUGCCCGUAAAAAUCCACAAUGCAAAAAAACAAUAGAACCUAUUAAUAGAAAAGGGAAGUUGAAUUUCCCGAACUGCUGAAAAUAUUUUUUUUAAUCACCAACGAACUAAACCAAACAGCUAAUUAAGCUGGUUAAAAGCUUGUCCUAGCUGUUUAAAGCAAUAUUUGGCUGUAUAAGCUUUUCUGCACCUAAAAUUGUGUUUAUUCUUAAACUAAAACUAAAUUUUUUUUCUCUUAUAUAUUCUCCUAUUGUUCAAAAUAAUGAUAAUACAUAUAUGUACUGUAAGCCAGUAUGUGUUACACCUAUUGAGAUCUAAUUUUCCAAGAGUCAACCUCUAGAUUUGUACCUUUAGGUGAGAAAACCAUCCUCUGAAAGUUUUAGCUCAUUUGGUUGUAGGAUGAGCUGGCGCUUUUAGUUUGAAUUUUGUAUGGGGAGUUUGGAUAAAAUAUAUGAAAAAAUGGCACUCCUACACUCUAUCGAUCUUAAAAAAGUUUCCUCAUUCUCAAUUUGAUUCAGAUUUUCAGAACUUGUAGUUCAGUUCAUGAGUAACAACACGGCGAAUGAGAACGACCCAAAUUUGAGUUUAGUUCACUCAUAAUCGCCAAAAGUGCAGGAACUCAGCGAUGAGCAAAUUUGCCUCAUGUUUUCCCAGGUUUUUCCAGGGAAAAAAUCCCGAAUUUGAGAAAAUUAAAGAUUGGAUUCACUCAGUCUAUUGGUACUACUCCGAGACUGAAUAAAAUUUUCGUCAAUUUCCUCAUUUUCCGGCAGAUUUUUUAGGUUUUCCACAGGAAAUCAUGAGACAAAUUUAACUCAUCGCUGCGUUCCUGCACUUUUGGCGAUUAUGAGUGAACUAAACUCAAAUUUGGGUCGUUCUUAUUCGCCGUGAACUUUCAUUCCAUCUCGCACACUGAGCCGGUCAAGUCGCAUCGGUCUCGUUGUACGACACUAUCAUUUAAGUUUCGAGUUAUUCCCCACGCGAGGGUUUUUUUCUCGCCAAAGUUAGUUGGCAUAGUUUUUAAAAAACUAGUGCGCGAGUGAGGAAGCCGUUAAUGAUAUGCCGAGUGCUUUCAUUACGGUCCAGCUUUAACCCAGCAUCACGCAACAUCAUCAGCAAAAUCAUCACCACUAUCGGUACAUACCCCCAUCGAUAGCAACAACGAAAGAGCGUCACAUUGCCUACCGAGUCGACCGAGGUUAUUGACUCUGCAGCAGUUGGA